ACCUUUAAUUACUUUGUUGUUGUCUUUGUUAAAAAAGUACAUAUCGAUUAUUAAAGUUAAGUUAUUUUGGAAAAGGACUAACAUAACAAUUUUUAAAAUCGAAUCGGGUUUUUUGGGAUGUACGAUUGCUGUAGGUUGUAUACAAUUGACUGGCACUAUAAAUAUUUUUCCGUUUGUGGACUGCAGAUAAUUAUUCUAUACCAAAAGAGCGUAGAAGCUGCUUUUAGGUGUUUUCGUUCAUAGAAGUAAAGUUUGAAUGGAUGGGAAAUAUAUAACAAAUGAGAAAAGUUAUUUCGGGUCGUUCUUAACUUAGCUUGCUGGAAUUUUCCAAUCGUAUAGAACCGCCGGAACAGUAAAAUGACCUUUGGCUUGUUUCUUUGACGAAGGGGUUGUUUUGGACGAGAGCUGAUAAGGGGUACAAGCCGUGGUACUGUCGUAUUGCGAGGCCGUCCGCGGGUCCGGGAGGGGUUUCUACCCCCACCCGAGACCGGCCGCCUCUCCUGGUUCAGUCUCAACCCGUGGGCCGUGCUGAAUGCUUCGUGCAGUAGAUCUUCCUGCCGUGACCGAGUGCGUGUGUUUGUGAUGUGAAGAUAGUGAGAGUGCGACGAUGGUAGUGCUGGAAAGCCCGCAGCCCGCUGUCAGCACGGGCGUAGGCCUUCUGGAUCCUCCUAACAGCCCUACGAUAGACAGUUCUAAUAGUGCUAUACCUGUUCUCACCCACACAAGGACUACUAUGAAACUCCUCCCAAAGAGGUUUAUCAACAUCCACUCGUGGCUCAGCCCCAUCUGCCCAAAACAACUCAAGGAAGCUAUGGUGAGCCUUUUAAAUCCACAAUACUUUGAAAGUCGUAAGUGUUAUUAUUUAUACAUUAACAACUAGACCUGUCUAAAAAGAUUCUUAGCUUUAUCAUUUUGCAUAUUUUUUGUUUAUCCGAGAAAUUUUACUUCCACCACUGUUAACGCAAAAUUCCAUGUGUAAGAACAGUUUUCAGUUCCGAAAAUAUACUGCCAACCAUACAAAGCGUACAAUGUAUUUCAAUUCUAAGGUUCUUUUGGUUGUUAUCAGGG